AUGAGCAACAGACCUUCUCGUCUCUCAUCGCCAAGACACAGGCCGCGCCCGCGGUCUUGUAUGGAAUGCUACCGACGAAAAUUGAGAUGCGAUCGAACCCAGGCCUGUUCAAACUGCACUGUCGCAGAUGUUGAAUGCGUAUAUACCGAUGAACCGAUUCGUCGAGACCGUAAAUCGAAACAUCGGAAUGAAGAGCUAGUGGAUCGGAUAGCUGCACUCGAACGUUUAGUCUACCAACUUUUGGCCCAAAACUCGCUACGGGAAUACAGGGAAGAGUCGCAAGAACCACCCAGGGAGGGUGAAUCGUCCGCCACUCAACAACCACCAGGUCACCUGUUAGCAGACAACCACGGAAAGACUCGUCUCUUGACCGAUACGUUUUGGGGACGACCUUCAAAAGAGCUCGGAAGCCUUAACGGCAGUCUAGGGGGGAAUUCGGUUCACUACCUCACCUCUCCAUUCUCAGGGAGUUUAUCUUACGAAAAUUUCUUAUUUCCACAAGCAGCACCUCAAAUACAUAUAGCAAUUGCGAAACCUGAUCUAAGCCAGAUCCGUCAGCUAUGGGGGAUAUACGUUCAAAACAUUGACCCUAUUAUUAAAGUUCUCCAUAAACCCAGCAUCGAUCGAUACCUGAAUGAUAUAUCACUAGGUAGAGAUAUGUUUAAUCCUGAGACACGGGCCCUGAUGUUAGCGAUUUGCUAUGCCGCAGUAUCUUCUAUGCCAUCCUCCCAAGCUAGGAUUGAACUUGGUUGCGACUGUGAAAAUCUCACUGCUUCCUUCAGAAUAGCCGUGGAGAAGGCAUUAUCGGAUGCCCACUUACUUCAGACACAUGACCUACGAGUUGUGCAAGCAUUUUCUAUAUUCCUGACGUGUCUACCUAGAAAAGAAACCCGUAGCAUAGGGAUACUAUCUUCCAUCGCGGUCCGAGUGUCCAGAGCAAUGGGGCUACAUCGGGAUGGAUCGCUAUUUAAGUUGUCGCCAUUCGAAACGGAGAUGCGACGUCGCCUUUGGUGGCACCUAUGUCUGCUAGAAUGGCGUGCCGCGGAAGAUGCGGGCUUGGAAACAACUAUAACACCCUCAAGCUUCGAUACGAGGUUCCCACUAAACAUCAACGAUAACGAAAUGGAUACAACAUCCUUGAGCCUCCGCGAUCGUCACGGACAUACUGAAAUGACAUUCUCCCUGGUCAGAUACGAAGCAUGGCCACUUGCUGCUUCGUGGAGAAGUAGAAAUAUGCUUUGCCCUUGCCAAAGACCAGUGGGGAGCGCAGAGAAAGAAGAAGCCCUAGAGAAAUUGUUAAGCCGCUUAGAGGAUACGUAUUUACAAUAUUGCCGACCAAUCUCUACGCCGAUAACCCGGAUCCUGUUAAUGAUGGUACCACAAAUGAUCGCGAAGAUGCGUCUCCUUGCUUCGUAUCCGGUGUAUCACCGUGACGACCCCCAGGGGACGACAUUAACGCCUGGGGAAAGGGACGCCCUGUUCCGAUCCGCAAUUGACCUCAUAGAAUUGGAUCAGCUGAUUGAGGCUGAUGGCGAACUAAGGGGUUGGCGCUGGUUCUUUGCUAACACCCAUAUUCCGUGGCAUGCUAUGUCGUUCGCCCUAUCCGAGCUAUGUAUUCGUGUGGAGGGAGAGAUAGAAAACACUGCGUGGAAUGUGAUCGAACGGGUUUUCCCUUCUGUGCCCCUUGGGCUCGGUAGGCCGGAUGACAGUGUGUGGGAGCCGUUGCAGGGGUUAAAGCAAAAGGCUUUGAGUGCUCGAUACUCCAUCACGUCGCAAUUAUCGGUUCUCUUCCCAAAUGAACUUAGUAACUCUCUGUUCGAUGAAUUGUCGGGAGACUAGGUGGAUGACCCUUAGGUCUUGGUUGUCAUAUCCACUUAACGAUCUCCACCAUAUUCGACGCAGAGAACGUUCCCCUGGAUGUAACAAGCCGAAUAAAAUCACUGAUUAUCCUAACGCCAAGUUAUACGCACAAAAUGUCCUAUAGACCAUGUACCCAUCAUAUGUCCAUCCUAGCGCCAAGACCCAAGUCUUAUGUUAAUGAUAGUAUAAGCCAAACAUUAGAAAUACAUAGUUAGGGAAGUCAAGCAGAUCAUACAUCAUAACCUUUCGGUUUUAUUCGUUACAUUAUGUCUUUUACUCAAACUGCCUUGUUCACAUUGACUUGGAUAUCAGUGCGUACGUAGAUAUCGUCCGAUGUUGGUGGAAUCACUAUAUUUCCCGGGUCGACAUAAGUUAUCUUAGGUAGGUAUGCUGGCGAAUGUCCGCGCUCGAUCUGGUUGUUGCUAGCUCCCAUUUGUUCUUGUUGUUGAUGUCGGAUGUAGCUGGAGGUGAUAUCUUGCCUGCUGCUUUUCGAAGAUGGAUUUCCCGUAAUAUCGACGCUGGUAAGGGGGAUACCGUCAUCCUGAGUAGUAUCCACCCUUGAGGCAUCAAUAGUUGUCGGCAUAGUCCAUAUGUGAUUCAAGCUAACGACGCGCUUGAAGCCGCGAGAG